AUGGCGACUAACAUCACAUACCACGCCGCUGCGCUGACGCGCUCCGAGCGCUCCUCCCUCCGCAACCAACAAGGCCUCACAAUCUGGCUUACCGGCCUCUCAGCGUCAGGCAAAUCCACCAUCGCAGUCGAACUCGAGCACCAACUGCUCCGCUCGCGCGGCGUCCACGCCUACCGACUAGACGGCGACAACAUCCGCUUCGGCCUCAACAAGGACCUUGGAUUCAGCGAGAAAGACCGCAACGAAAACAUCCGACGCAUCGCCGAAGUCGCAAAGCUGUUUGCUGACAGUGCCUCUAUCGCCGUGACCUCGUUCAUCUCCCCCUACCGUGCUGACAGGGAUACCGCCCGCAAGUUGCAUGAAGUGCCUACGCCUGGCGAAGAGACUGGCUUGCCCUUCAUCGAGGUCUAUGUGGACGUCCCCGUUGAGGUUGCCGAGCAGAGAGAUCCAAAGGGUUUGUAUAAGAAGGCUAGGGAGGGUGUGAUCAAAGAAUUCACCGGUAUUAGUGCGCCUUACGAGGCCCCCAUCAACCCAGAGGUUCAUAUUAAGAAUAAUGAAGUGUCUGUUGAGGAGGCUGUUGCUCAGAUCAUUGCAUACCUUGACACGAAGGGAUACCUGCCGCCAAAGAUUGGUAAUUAA